AUGCAAUUCAGUGAAAGGAUGCACGUGGCAAACGGAGAAGCAGUUGACAGCAUGGAAGUUACUGUUGUUCCUCCAACUACUAUUAAUACUACGCCGUCCUUCAAGGCAAAAAGCAUUGUGUGGCUUGGAUCACUCGUACUGACAGGCUUAUUUAUUACCAUCAUUUGCAUUGUACUCCUUCGGUCGGGAGAAAAUGACAUUGCUGAUGGAGUCGAUAUGGCUGUGGUGGAUCGACAGGGAUACUACACCUACUUGUUGGAAACGUAUGAUCCAUUUCCCAGUACCCCACAAGAUCAGGCAAUUACAUGGUUGGCCUUUCAAGAUGAACCGCUCUCCGGAAAAGACCUCGAAGAUCGACUCAAUCAACGAUAUGCCCUUGUGGUCCUCUAUUACGCACAUGGAGGUGCUUUUUCUUGGAAUUCGAUCAAUGAUGACCCUGGAAGUGGAUGGAUCAACAGUGGUGGGGUUGGAGUACACGAGUGCGAUUGGAAGGGCGUGGACUGCAGUAAUAAUGGCACCAGUCGCCAAAUUACUGGGCUGCGUCUUUCUGCAGAACAAGGCAUCAAAUUGACAGGCUCCCAAUUGUCCACGGAAAUUGGCUUUUUGACAAACCUGCAGAGUCUUUACAUGGCAGACCAGGGAAUUCAAGCGUCCAUUCCAUCCGAUUGGAGAACUCUCACCAAUCUAAUGAUUUUGGAUCUCUCCAACAAUGAGAUUCGCUCUACAAUUCCAGACUUUCUUGGCGACUUCACUAGUCUCCAAGCAGUCUUACUUGGUGGGAAUCUGCUUUCUGGUUCGAUUCCAGCAAGCUUGGACGACUCCAACAUUGAACGACUGGAAUUGCAGCACAACUCGGGAAUGGAAGGACGAAUCGAGGUACUCUUGACCAGCAUGCCAAAGCUUUCAUACUUGGACGUUUCCAGCACUAGCGUUUCCGGCUUUCUUCCCUCAACAGAGGUCCAAGCACUCCAGGAGCUUCAUGCUUGGGGAUCUCGUAUCACUGGAACGAUUCCUUCCGAAAUUAGUACCUGGUCGAACCUCGGGCAAUCGCGCAUAAUUGGGACCAUUCCAUCGGAAGCUGGAUUACUUCCAAAUCUGGAGGCAAUUAAUCUUUCAUCCUUGUCGAUGAACGGCACUUUACCAACGGAGCUAUCUCUUCUGGAAACUCUCUCCUCGUUGGAACUACGGGUGUCCUCCUUUAUCGGUACCUUGCCAACGGAAUAUGCGCAACUAAAUGACCUAGUUGUCCUUGACAUCGCCUAUAACGGUGGAAUGCACGGUCCAGUUCCACGGGAGUAUCAGAAUAUGAAAUCACUGAAAAAUUUGUAUUUGCAUGGCACGCGUCUCUCGGGUACCGUUGAUCCUGGGAUGUGUUCGCUCCAUUUGACUCAUUUCACCGCCGACUGCAUUGAGCGGGGAGAAGUGGAACUAAAUUGCAACUGCUGUACGGAGUGUUUCAACCUUCCCUGA